AUGGUGGCGGGAGGGACAACGUUGCAAGCCAAGGCGAAGAAGUCGGUCAAAGGUGGAGUUCUGCAUUCUUCAUCGAACAAAUUAUCUGCUGUUGAAAGCACGGAAUCUCAAAGUGGGAAAGCAACAUCUGACAGUCUUCAAGAUGAUGCUUUGAAGAGUGGCCAGGGGCGUCACUCGAUAUGGGCGUUCGGCCCCUUCGUCUUUUCAGUUGGGAUUGUCCUCUCUAUCUUGAUCAAGUUGGUAUGUUCCCUCCCGUUGUCCAAGUUUGCCUCUGAGAUGUUGUUUGAACUGGCAAAUGUUCCAGAAGAGAAUGUCGACCUCGAGAGGGCGGCCCUUUUGAAUGAGGACGAGGGGAGAGGAAGAACCACAGACAGGACGUCUCGGUCCUCCCUUUCAUCUGCCAAACAAAUCGACCCGAAGGCAGACAGUGCUCGAGACAGCUUCACUCCAUCUGUUGCUUCCAGUGGUGGCCUGUCCACGGGGAAUGAAUCCUGGUCAAAGAAGGAUGGCAAGAAAUGGCCGUGUAAGCUGGAUCUUCCUGCAUGA